CCUCCCGGAUCGUCACUUCCCAGCUCGUCACUUCCCAGCUCGUCACUUCCCAGCUCGUCACUUCCCGGUCCCUUCCCGGCCGGGUCCGGCCCGUCCCCCGGACGGCGGCCGCCAUGGGGAGCCGCGGGCAGGUUUUGAAGCUUUUUAAGUUGUUACACCGAACACGGCAAGAAGUUUUUAAAAAUGAUACCAGAGCCCUUGAAGCUGCAAGACAAAAGAUAAAUGAAGAAUUCAGAAAUAACAAAGACGAGACAUCUGAGGAGAAGAUAAAUGAGCUUCUGAAAAUAGCUUCAGAUGUUGAAGUGAUUCUCAGAACUUCCGUUAUUCAGGCAGUUCAUACAGAUUCUGACAAAAUAGUGCUCAUACCCAGGAAAGAUCUUCUACAAGACAACACUCCUUACUUAGAUAAACCAACAAAAAAGCAAGAAUCCUGAGGAAAAUAUGUCCCUCUCCCCAGAAAGUUAAUAUCCUGUAAUGACAUCUCUGAAAACCAUCCAACAGUGUAUCCUUGUUUUAAAGCUAAAUUUUGGAAACAGAUAAGUAUUGUUACCAGGAAAACAGAGACUGAGGUCAACUCAUCGUUUUUAUUGAGUGCUGUGAUAUCAUCAUUCACUUCUUCUGUGGGAUAUACUAAUAUUUCUACAGGACUUAAAAGUACACUGCUGAAUUGUGUUACUUCAGCCAGGAAGGUUUCUGAUUAUGACAGCUGUCAGACAGAGAUUGUUUCCCAGCAAUCCAGAGUUUGUCAAAGCUAAAUAAAAAUUAAAUGCUGUUCUUAGUCCUGAUAGUAUUUAUUUGUAAGUUUCUUGUUAAUCAUAGGCUGCUAUGAAGUAAUGAAAAAACAUCUUGUGGCACUUGCCGUAAAAUUUAUGCUUUGCACCAAAAGUGGUCAUUAAUUGUACACUAAUAUACUGAGAUUCUUGAGAGAGUUCCUAAGGGUUAUCUGAAUAAAUUAUUUUUAUUUUACAGA